GAGGAGUCCAAGAUGAACUUGGAGCAGGAGAGGCCGUUUGUCUGCAGUGCCCCAGGCUGCUCGCAGCGGUUCCCAACAGAGGACCAUCUGAUGAUUCACAGGCACAAGCAUGAGAUGACUUUGAAGUUUCCAUCAAUAAAAACAGACAAUAUGCUCUCAGAUCAGACUCCGACGCCCACGAGAUUCCUGAAGAACUGUGAGGAGGUGGGUCUCUUCAGUGAGCUGGACUGCUCCUUUGAGCAUGAGUUCAGGAAGGCUCAAGAAGAAGAGAACAGCAAGCGGGGGAUAAGCCUUCAUUGUAAUGGACUUUCAGGUCUCUUACUGGGACCUGGGACUUGCCAAUUAGACUAGACUGCCGGCCCUAAUCAUUGUACAGAUGUCCUUGUUCUCUGACUCUUAGAAUCUCCCCAGUCCUCUUCCACCAUGACUCAACUCCCUAUGGGCAGUACCAUCCUUAAACUGGGGCCUGUCCCAGGCUCUCUAUCAUCUCUGCUCCAUCUCCACAACAGACAGAGGCAGCCCAUGCCGGCCUCCAUGCCUGGGACCCUGCCCAACCCCACCAUGCCAGGAUCUUCUGCCGUCUUGAUGCCCAUGGAGAGACAAAUGUCAGUGAACUCCAGCAUCAUGGGCAUGCAAGGCCCAAACCUCAGCAACCCCUGUGCUUCUCCCCAAGUCCAGCCCAUGCAUUCAGAAGCCAAAAUGAGGUUGAAGGCCGCACUGACUCAUCACCCUGCUGCCAUGUCCAAUGGGAACAUGAGCACCAUCGGACACAUGAUGGAGAUGAUGGGCUCCCGGCAAGACCAGACGCCACACCACCACAUGCACUCGCACCCGCAUCAGCACCAGACACUGCCUCCCCACCACCCCUAUCCGCACCAGCACCAGCACCCCGCACACCAUCCCCACCCACAGCCUCACCACCAGCAGAACCAUCCGCAUCACCACUCCCAUUCCCACCUUCAUGCACACCCAGCACACCACCAGACCUCGCCACACCCACCCCUGCACACCGGCAACCAAGCACAGGUUUCACCAGCCACACAACAGAUGCAACCAACCCAGACAAUACAACCGCCCCAGCCCACAGGGGGACGCCGGCGAAGGGUGGUGGAUGAGGACCCGGAUGAGAGGCGGAGGAAAUUUCUGGAAAGGAACCGGGCCGCUGCCACCCGUUGCAGACAGAAGAGGAAGGUCUGGGUGAUGUCACUGGAAAAGAAAGCAGAAGAGCUCACCCAGACAAACAUGCAGCUUCAGAAUGAAGUGUCCAUGUUGAAAAAUGAGGUGGCCCAGCUGAAACAGCUGUUGUUAACACAUAAAGACUGCCCAAUAACAGCCAUGCAGAAGGAAUCACAAGGAUAUUUAAGUCCAGAGAGCAGCCCCCCUGCAAGCCCUGCCCCAGCAUGCUCACAGCAGCCCGUCAUCCAGCAUAACACCAUCACGACGUCCUCCUCAGUCAGCGAGGUCGUGGGGAGCUCCACACUCAGUCAGCUCACAACUCACAGAACAGACCUCAACCCUAUUCUUUAAAAGGCAGUGGUCAUACCUGGCCUCUGAGAAGAGCUGGAACAUGCCAUACAUCCUUUCUCCAAAGGGCAUUUUUAGAAUUAACUCAGACCUGGAAGACGCCUCGGCCCUUCAAAGACUGGCUUUCAUUUUUAUAGUUAUUAUGGAAAUGUUGUCUUUUAUACUUAGUUAUAUAAGAAAAAGGGAGUUAUGCAAUGAAUAUCUAUCAGCUUGGGAAGCGCGUUGGUGCUUUUCUCCAAUUUUCUGGUACCAGUUUCUUGUUUAUAAACGGAAUCUUUCCUGUAUAUAGCCAUAAUUUCAUUCUUACCAGUCCAACCCUUUGCCUGGAACAACGAAUCUUGUUAAACUACAGCUUUUAGCCAAAAUGAGGUAUACGUAGAUGUCAAGUGAGAUGGAUCCACAGUAACUGGGUGAGAAAUCUGAUGACGUCAUAACUCAUGUUGAGUUUGUGCUGUGACGUCACCAGAAUCUCAGCUAAACACAUGGACCUUCCUGAAUUUUUUUUUUCUUGUUAGAAAAAAGAAAUUAUGGUCCAUCGAUGUCCCAAGAAAGCCACCAAGCAUCUCAGGCCCUCUCCUGCUCUUGCCCACUUGCUCAGAUGUCCAGUGUCCUUCUCCAAGACCACUUCCCUGGAUUCCUUAUUUACUCUUCGUUGGGACUCUCUUCGGUUUUGCCUUUCCACCUUUAGCUUUGCAUGUGAAGAAGAAAAUAAUGUUUAAAGAAGAAGAAAAGCAAAUACUGAAACUGUGGACCUAGCCAUUGCUUCACUUGAGUUUAACCCACAGCUGGAGUUCAUUCAACUCCUGCCUUUCACAAAAAAAAAAAAAAAAAAGUGACCAGGAGAUGUUUAAUGUGCCUGAUUUAACGUUUUUAAUAACCAGAGCAAAUAAAAGGUGGUUUGGUUGUAGGUGAAGCACUAUUGAAUGCCAGCUGUGGAGACAUUAGGGACAGGAACUUUGUAAGCCCCAACUGUGAAAGUCCAAAUUAGGAUGUGGGCUCUGACAUCACACCCUCGAAUUACAACUCGUUUCUAUGGCCUGUCUAUAAUGUUGAAAAAUCCAUGCACUAUAUAAUAGUUCAGAAGGGCUCUGUUCACUACACAGAUUACAUUGUUCAAUCAUCAGCUGCUAAUAGCCUAAGAUUUAUUAUUAUUUUUUUCCCUAAGCCUAUGGAACCAGCUCUGCUAUUCUGGUGGGCAAAAGCAGGCUCACUCCUGGAGACAGAGGGAGGGAGAAAGCAAGGCCAGUGUUUCUGCAGGGUGCUUGCAGUCUGUCAGAACAGACAGACUCUUCGGCUGCCAGUUGAGUUCCGUAGAGGUGGCCAGGCUGAUGCACUCUUAUGAACGGUUCUGAUUUAUAUUUUCAGCAACUUCCAUGGACUUGCCCAUUAUGAAAAGCAGAUCAAACCCGAACCACAGUUGUGCCUCCUUGAAACAAGCCAUUCUACUCUGCUGGUGUUUUAAUAUCAUGUUUCACGAAUAAUAGGGGCUAAUGUUUCUCACUAGCAGUCAAGGCAUAUGCUGGUGUUUCAUCUCUGCCCAAAUACUUCACCUCC